AAUAUUGAAUGAAGUAGAAGAAAAAUAUAAUAUAUAUGUUUAUGUUGUGAGGAAGACCUGCUUAUACGCUCUUCCUUCUUCUAUAUAUAGCCCAAAACGACCUCGUUUUGGUCCACUUCACAAAAGAGUUUCAGCUUUUCUUCUCUUUCUUCCUCUUUGCCUCUCACCACCACCAUCACCAUCACCAUCAUCAUCCAUGCUUCAAUGCUGGAUCUCUUUCACUCUCCUUCUUCUUCUUCUUAGAUCUGCUCAACACCCACAUUAGCUUCUUCCACUCUCAUUUUCUUUCUAUUCAGGUGAUCAAGAGAUGUAGAGACAUGACUAGGGGCACGAUAGUUGUUGAAUUGGGACUAACAUGUAGGAGCUUUCCCUCUUGAUCAUUUUCCCAUCAAGUUAUGGCAGUACGAUCACCCCGCCAAAAUUCAAGGCUGCUGCUGCGAAAGUUCCUUUUCAUCAUACUACUGAUACUUGUGCCUAUUUGCGUGAUUAGUGUAUGGACCUAUGGCCAGAAAAUUUCUUACUUCUUCCGCCCUAUUUGGGACCGCCCCCCACAACCAUUCAUACAUGUGCCACAUUACUAUGCAGAAAAUGUGUCUAUGGACCACCUUUGUCGCCUACAUGGCUGGUCCCUCCUAUCCCAACCUCGUCGUAUUUUUGAUGGCAUCAUCUUCAGCAACGAGCUAGAUCUUCUUGAGAUCAGGUGGCGCGAGCUCUAUCCAUAUGUCUCAAAGUUUGUAAUCCUCGAGUCUAAUGUCACUUUCACUGGCAAGCGAAAGCCUCCUUUUUUCGCUUUAAAUCGUGAUCGUUUCUCCUUUGCUGAGGACAAGAUUGUUCACGAUGUGCUUCCUGGUGAAAUGGGAAACCAAGGAUCAUCACACAAGGAUCCCUUUCUACUCGAGAGGAGGCAACGCACGGCCAUGGAUUUUUUAGUUCGUAUUUCAGGGAUUUCCUACGGUGAUGUCCUUAUAAUGUCUGAUGCUGAUGAGAUCCCAAGCCCUCACACUCUGAAGCUACUGCAAUGGUGUGAUGGUGUACCCCCAGUUCUGCAUCUCGAGCUAAAGAACUACAUGUACUCUUUCGAGUUCCCAGUAGACCACAACAGUUGGCGAGCUUCUGCACACAUAUACGGCCCGCAAACCCGCUAUCGCCAUUCACGCCAAACAGAUUACAUUUUCUCAGAUGCAGGAUGGCAUUGUAGCUUUUGCUUUCGGCUCAUUCAAGAGAUUGUGUUUAAAAUGACCGCUUACAGCCACGCAGAUCGCGUGACACAUAAAGACUUCUUAAACUUUUCGAGAAUUCAGAAGUUCAUAUGUGGGGGAAAUGAUCUUUUUGACAUGUUGCCAGAAGAGUAUAGCUUUAAAGAACUGAUAAAGAAGAUGGGACCGAUACCUCGGUCGGCUUCGGCUGUUCAUCUUCCUUCCUACUUGAUUCAAAAUGCAGAUAAGUUCAAGUUUCUUUUACCUGGAGGGUGUUUAAGAGAACCAGAAUGAAGGUGGCAUUUCCUUUCUGUGUUUUUUUUUAGCUUAUUAAAGAUUAAGAUCAUGUUGUAGAUGAAGAAAGCAAAACAUCUAUGUUCAACUGUAAAAUAGACGACAAUAGUUUUGGUUUAUGGCUUCUUCGCUGUUUAUUAAUGGAUUAACUAAAGUCUUGUGUUCCUUCCAAAUUAAGAGGAAAAUCUUUUGUAAAAAGAAAA